UCUUAUUCUCUACUGGCAACCUCGCUGUGUGGCCCCAGCAGUGCCGUGUACCUUCCAGGACCUCCCAGGACCACCUAUUAAAAGGAGCAAAGAUAGCUCACAUCCCAGAAGGAGGCCAGCAGUAGGGAGUUCCCAAGCCCCAUCUCAGCUCUGCCCACGCUCUUCUGCCUGCCUGUCCCACAUCAUGAAGGUCCUCGUGGCUACCAUCUUUGUCCUUCUCUGCACCAUGGCCCUCUGCUCCUAUGUACAAGAAAGGGUUUACAGCCCACCCACCUGCUGCUUCACCUACACCCCCCAGAAAAUCCCCCGUGGAAAAGUGGUUAACUAUUUUAAGACCAGCAGCCAGUGCCCCAGACCUGGUAUCGUCUUUUUCACCAGAAAGGGCCUAUAUAUCUGUGCCAAUCCCACUGACAACUGGGUCCAGGAAUACUUCAGGGACCUGGAGAAGAACGCUUGAGUGGUCCAGAAGGAAUCUGUUAGAGGUGUGGGUAGAUUGGGCAGCAGGGACCUGAACCAGGAGACUGCAACCCCAGAAGUUCCCUCUCCUGAGUCCCUCUCCCCUCCACUAACCACAUUCUGAAAACUUUCUUUAAUUUAGUUAAGCUAGUUAAAUAUUGUAUUUCAUUUUAUUCAUUUGAUGCUUUCUCUGAGAAAUCAUAUGACACCCUCUCAUUCCCAAGCCCCUUCCUAGUCAAUCAUACAGUGGUUGACUCAUAUUUGGGAUGAUGGUGAAUGACUGUACUCCUGUAUCUGGGUAGAUGUUGGACCAAACCCAUCAACAGAUGCUUAUUGAGUUUUUAUGAGCCUUUUACUCUGUUCAAAAUGUCAGAAUAAUAAAGAUUCUUUUUGUUUCCUAAAUA